GAGAGAGAGAAUGAGAGAGAGAGAGAGAGAGAGAGAGAGAGAGGGGAGCAGCAGCAGCGCUGUCCUGUACUCACAUUGGAGUUAAUAGCUUAUUCAGCAGCCUGACCUGUGAUCAAUGAGCCGGGCUGCGCAUUACAAGGGAAGCUGAGAGACAGUCGAGCACCUCGCACCCUUCAAGCAGUCAUAGAGGGGCUGAGAUUGAGCCAUCACUGAGGGGUGUGGGGGGGAAGUGCCCCCGCCUGGACCAUUAUCAACUGAGCCGGGACACGUGGAGGAACAGCCCGGGGCUGGGAAAGGGAGGGGGGUUUGGGGACGGGUGUCGGUGCUGAGUCUCUCCAUAAUGAGUGACAGGAGAGCAGGAGUCAGGAGACGUGUGUGAUUAUCACCCUGUGACUGGCAGUUGUGAGCAGCAGGUGUCAGAAUGAAGCUAUAUGCAGCUUUGCGAUGGACUGUCACGGUAUUUGUUCUGUGCCUUGUGUUGGGGACUGCUGUCCUGUUAAAUCCAGAAGAUCCCAAUGUCUGCAGCCACUGGGAAAGCUAUGCAGUGACUGUCCAGGAAUCCUAUGCUCACCCCUUCGAUCAGAUUUAUUAUACCCGCUGCACAGACAUCCUAAACUGGUUCAAAUGUACAAGGCACAGGAUAAGUUACAAGACAGCGUAUCGUCGUGGUGUCAGAACUAUGUACAGGAGAAGAUCACAGUGUUGUCCGGGAUAUUAUGAGAGUGGUGACUUCUGUAUCCCACUGUGCACAGAGGAAUGUGUUCAUGGCCGUUGUGUGUCCCCUGAUACCUGUCAUUGUGAGCCUGGCUGGGGUGGUGCCGACUGCUCUAGUGGAUGUGACAGCGAACACUGGGGCCCACACUGCAGUAAUCGUUGUCAGUGCCAAAACGAGGCUCUGUGUAACCCUAUCACUGGUGCCUGUGUCUGCUCAGAUGGCUACAGAGGUUGGCGCUGUGAGGACUGGUGUGACCCUGGUACUUAUGGAAAAGCCUGCCAACUGAGAUGCCAAUGUCAAAAUGGGGCAACUUGCGACCACAGGACAGGCGAGUGCCACUGUGCCCCCGGAUACACAGGAGCUUUUUGUGAGGAGUUAUGCCCACCUGGGAGUCAUGGGGCACUAUGUGAGCUACGAUGCCCUUGCCAGAACGGUGGUGUCUGUCACCAUGUGACCGGAGACUGUUCAUGUCCUGCAGGAUGGACAGGUACAGUGUGUGCCCAGCCAUGUUCCUCUGGGAGAUUUGGGGUGAACUGCAGUCAAGAGUGUCAAUGUCACAAUGGCGCCCAAUGUGAUCCUCUGAGUGGAAGGUGCCAGUGUGCAGCAGGAUACACUGGAGAGAGAUGCCAUGAGGAAUGCCCUGUUGGAACUUACGGCUUCCAGUGUACAGAGAGAUGUGAUUGUCAGAAUGGAGCUAAGUGUUACCACAUCAAUGGUGCCUGUAUUUGUGAACCUGGUUUCAAAGGAAUCCUCUGUGAAGAACGUGUGUGUCCAGAAGGGCUUUAUAGCCUCAAGUGCAACAAGAACUGCCCAUGUAAUCGAACCAAUACCCGUGGCUGCCACCCUCUGUCUGGGGAGUGCACCUGCAGGGCAGGCUGGAGCGGACUUUACUGCGAGGAGCCUUGCCGGCCAGGCUUCUAUGGAGAGGGUUGCCAACAGCUGUGCACUUGCCAUAAUGGCGCCGACUGUGAUAGUAUGACAGGGAGGUGUAUCUGUGCUCCAGGGUACACGGGCCAGGACUGUUCUGCACCGUGUUCUCCAGGAACAUUUGGAGCUGACUGUUUGUCAGUGUGUAACUGCCAGAAUGAUGCUGCCUGUUCCCCAGUUGAUGGACUUUGUAUCUGCAGAGAGGGUUGGCAGGGGUUAGACUGUUCUAUUCCUUGUUAUAGUGGCACCUGGGGUUUAAACUGCAAUCAGACCUGUCCGUGCCUGAAUGAUGCCUCCUGUAAUCCGGUGGACGGGAGCUGCGCAUGUGCCCCAGGAUGGACGGGUGAAUUGUGUGAUCAGUCCUGUCUGGAUGGAACUUAUGGCCUGGACUGUAUGGAACACUGUGAUUGUAGCCAUGCAGAUGGGUGUAACCCAGUCUCAGGCCACUGUCAUUGUCUACCAGGAUGGACAGGUAUUCACUGUGAUAACCCGUGCAACCAAGGAUACUGGGGUCCAAAUUGCUCUAUGACCUGCCACUGUGAUAACGGAGGGUCUUGUUCACCGGAGGACGGAAGCUGCGAGUGUGCUCCGGGAUAUCGUGGAGCACUGUGCCAGAGAAUUUGUGCUCCUGGAUUGUAUGGACAUCACUGUAGUCAGACGUGCCCCCAGUGUGUUCACUUCAGUGGACCAUGUCACCAUAUCACUGGCCACUGUGACUGCUUGCCAGGAUUUUUUAGCCCUCUGUGCAAUCAAGUUUGCCCCAGUGGAAGGUUUGGAAAGGGCUGUUCAGAAAUCUGCUCCUGCAGCAACAAUGCAACCUGUAACCCUGUAGAUGGAUCAUGUCUAUGCUACCCAGGUUGGAUUGGCAUUGACUGUUCGGAUGAAUGCCCCUUUGGCCUUUGGGGUCCAGACUGUACCCACACCUGUAAUUGCCACAAUGAAGCUGAGUGCAGCGCUUACGAUGGAGAAUGCAAGUGCACCCCUGGUUGGACUGGAUUGUUCUGCACACAGAGGUGUCCAUCAGCAUUUUAUGGAAAGGACUGUGCCAAUGUCUGCCAGUGCCACAAUGGAGCCGACUGUGAUCACAUCAAUGGGCAAUGCACAUGCAGAACAGGAUUCACAGGGAAUCAUUGUGAGCAAAAAUGCCCACCGGGAACAUUUGGUUAUGGCUGCCGCCAGCUGUGCGAGUGUUUAAACAACGCCACCUGUGAUCAUGUGACUGGAACGUGUUACUGUAAUCCCGGAUUCAAAGGAAUUCGUUGUGACCAGGCUGCCCUAAUGAUGGAGGAAUUGAAUCCUUACACCAAGAUCAGUCCAGCACAUGGUUCUGAAAGACAUUCCGCCCGUGCCAUUAUUGGUAUCAUUGUCCUGCUCCUGAUCAUCAUGACUCUGCUUGGCCUCUUCUUAUUGUAUCGGCAGAGACAGAAGGACAAGGACCAUGACAUGCCUAACGUAGCCUAUACCCCGGCUAUGCGCAUGACAAGUACAGACAACGCACUCUCAGGUUCCUGUGACAUGGAAAGACAUCAGAACACUUACAUUAUGGAAAAUGGCUUCAAAGAUUGCAUGAAAGAGUCAGGGUGCAGUUCCAGCACCUUCUCUCUGAGCAGCAGUGAGAACCCUUAUGCCACCAUUAAAGAUCCCCCUGUGCAGCCCUACAAACACUCAGAGAGCAACUACGUGGAAAUGACAUCUCCUGUUCAUACAGACGCCCCAUUCUCAGAUAUGCCACCCUCAUCCAAAGCUAACACAAAUGUGUAUGAUGUGGAGCCCACCCUAAUCCUUCUGCAGGAGGCCCAGCAUCAGAUCCCCAACUAUAUGCAGAACCCAUACGACCUGCCACGGAACAGCCACAUACCCAGCCACUAUGACUUACUUCCGGUCCGACUUAGCCCCUCUCAUGGGACAUACUGGGACAAGCAAAUAGAGGAGCAGACAUAGAGGAGACCAAGGACAGUGAUGGGAAAACUGCAAUACACCUUUGUGUUGGGUCUGGCAUCUCUGGAAUCAUGCAUGUCAUUAGGAGACUUUUUUUAUACUAAUAAGUAAUUAUAGGACAAGUAAUUGUGUGUGUAUACUGCAUAUACACGAUAUAUAAAUGCCACGCCAGCAGCCAUCUGUUUUAACAA